AUGACUCGUGAAGUGGAACUGAGAAGCUUCCAAGACUCAAGGCCCAGAUCUAGCAGUACUGAACUCAGCGGCAGUGCGGAACUUGUCAGGCAGAGACUUGAUCUUCACUUACGACGUCAGACUUCUUGUGGCGAGGAUGUGGCUGCUUCGGAUAUUCCAAUCCACAGCCUCGAACGGGCAGACUUGGCUUUGCGUCUUCGCACCAGCAUUCCAGGUGACGAGGAUCCCAGCUGCCAACUUCAGCCUUGUGGCCUGGCCAACUCUGAAGCAGAGAGGCGCCUGCAACAGGAUGGCCCCAAUGAGCUUACGCCACCAGAGGUUGAGAGUGUUGUCUACAAGUUCUUGAGGACGGCAUUCACUGGCCUCCUUAACAACCUCUUGUGGUUGUGCGUUUCUGCCCAGGUCAUUCUUUACUUCGUGUAUCCGGGACAGAAGGAGAUGGUCACACCAGUGAUCCUCUCAAGUGUGAUCCUAGCAACAGCUAUGCUGCAACUGUACACCGAGCUAAAAGCACAGUCCUCCAUGGAAGCCUUGCGAAGUCUUCAAGUUGGAGAAUCCGUACAAGUGACACGAACAGAUUCUGGGCAAAGGUCUGACUUGUCCAUUUCUCCAGAAGAGCUCGUCACUGGUGACAUCAUUUUCCUGGAAGCUGGGUGCCGGAUACCAGCUGAUGUCCGGAUUCUGCACUGCAGCAAUUUGGAGGUGGACAAUUCUGCCCUCACUGGCGAGACCAUUCCAGACAUGCGCACCUCCAAAGCCGAGCCAGCCACCAUUGUGAGCACAGAGGCGCGCUGUUUGGCAUUCUCGGGGACUUUGAUUCUGAAAGGGUCUGCGACCUGCAUUGUGUAUGCGACCGGUGAUCGCACCUUCCUAGGACAGAUCGCCAAUACAAUGAGGAGAGGCCCGCCAAAGUCGUCCUUGGAAAUUCAGAUUCAACACUUUGUCCACACAAUUGCCUUGGUGGCAGUUGGGAUCACUGGAUGCGUCCUUCUCUGUGAUCUGUUGGCACCAAAAUUACGAACGGCUUCGGAGGUGUUGGAAAACUGCACGACCGCACUUUUCUCUCAGGUUCCAGAGGGGUUGCUGCCGACCGUGACGCUAUCUCUUAUGAUAGCCUCAAAGAGGAUGUCAAGGCUGCAAGUUGUGGUGAAGAAGUUGGAUGCAAUUGAGUCUCUUGGAUGUGUCUCAACCUUUUGUUCGGAUAAGACUGGCACUCUCACCACUGGAGUCAUGGAGGUGCGGGAAGUGCUUGUACCAGCUGGAACUGAGGUCCUCCAAGUCAAUGCCAAGGAGCUGCAGGGACAAGGCGCUGCUGGCAUCCAAGCACUUGCAAAAGCAGGGCUUCUCAACAAUAAAGCUCAGGUCUUGAGUGGACCUCGGGAUGCAACUUGUGAUGUUUUUGGAUCCCCAACGGAGGUAGCGAUUUUCAAAGCAGGAGCUGCAAUGCUGGGAUUGUCACUUCGAGAUGCAGCACAGGAGCAGGCCUGCUUUGAAAUCCCGUUCAACUCGGAGAACAAGUGGAUGCUCACGGUCCACCGCCGAUCUGAUCAGGAGUUUCCUUGCAAUGUCAUCAUCAAGGGUGCGCCUGAAAAGAUCCUGCAUGUCUGCAACGCCUGCAUCAACUUCGAUGCACAGCUGCGAGAGUUGAUGACAAGGGGGUUGCGAGUGAUUGGGCUGGCAAGCCGCAAGCUCACUGCCGAAGAAGUGCCGGACACGUUUGAAGGAGUCAGCCUGAGUGACUGCAACUUUCCUGUGUCUGGCUUUGACCUCUUGGGCUUCUUUGCCAUCGAGGAUCCGCCAAGAGAUGGAGUCAUGGAGGCUGUUCUUAAGUGCAAGGAUGCUGGAGUGAAGGUCGUCAUGGUGACUGGAGACCAUCCCACCACGGCAAGAGCUAUUGCAAAGCGUGUCUCAAUUCUGCCGCAGCCGAAACAAGCCGCGGCAGAGCUCGAUUUCCAGGUGCUUCAAGGUUGUGAUUUGGACUCCCACUUGCCGGAAGAAGACUUUGAUGAACUAUCAGCGAGUUCGAAGGCUUUUUGGCAGGAAGCUGUCCAGCACACAAGGGUGUUUGCUCGCGUCUCACCUUUGCACAAGCGCAUCAUCGUUCAGGCUUACCAGUGUUUUGGCCAAGCUGGGCUGGGGGACAUCGUUGCAAUGACUGGUGAUGGUGUCAACGAUGCGCCAGCCCUGAAGCAGGCAGAGGUUGGUAUAGCCAUGGGUAUACGAGGCACCUCUGUUGCACAGGAUGCUGCGGAUAUUAUUUUGCUGGAUGACAACUUCUCAUCCGCCAUUGAUGGCAUGGAACAAGGCAGGCUUGCUGGUGAGAACCUUCAAAAAUCCAUCAUGUAUACUCUGUGCUCAAAACUGCCUCAAGUUGUGCCGGCGCUGAUGGAAGUCUUUGGGAUUCCCUUAGCUCUGGCAGCAGUGCAGGUAUUGCUGAUUGACAUCGGAACUGAUAUUUGGACAGCUGUGGCUUUUGCAGCUCAGAAGCCAGAGGUUUCGCUGAUGAACAGACCUCCACGGCACCCACAACGUGACUGGAUGGUUGGCCGUGAGAUUCUAGCUUUCAGCUACUGCUAUAUUGGUGUGUUGCAGUGUUGUUUCUGUUGGUUGAUGUACUUCAUGCUGACCCCAGGCAUUGGCAGAAUGGUAAAGGAGUAUGAGCCGGUCAGCGACUAUGGACAUCAGGACCGCGUAGUGGAACGAACUGGUAUGACUGUCUACUAUUGGACACUGGUUCUAGGACAAGUAGCAGCUGCCCUCUCCUCAACCACCAAGAGCCAACCACUUUUUGGUGACGGUGGCUACGGGUUGCCAAAUCACUUGUUGAAUGUUACCGUGGUGCUCGAACUCAUUCUCAGCCUAGCUGUGAUGCAUGUGGAAUGGACCCGAAAAUCCUUUGAGAUGGAACUGCUUCCAGCUUGGUCAUUGAUAAUUCCGUGUAUUGCAUUGAUCGGUAUUCUGGCUAUUGAUGAGUGUCGCAAAAGAUUUGGCCCCAAGCAGUUUCUGCGCCGAUGAUGCGCUCCACUGUUGGGUUUUGUUUGCUUCAAAACCUUGGGUAUAGCCGGUAUAGCACUCGUUUAGUAAUGUAACGUCGGUUUGUCGUGCGUGCGUCAUUGAAAGUCGGACAAAGUUGCCGACCCUGGGAGCACGAGCAGGGCAAUUUUUUGCCUGUGCAUGGCUGACAUCGUU